GGCGAAUUCAAGCUGGGCAACUCCACAAUAAUGCCACAUGAAUUCCUAAUUAGUGUUAAAAAAAAUAACAAUUUUUUGUUGGCCUGAGUGAUUCAAUUUGCAGGUGAAUGAUGCCACAUUAAUUCCGACUAUAUAGUUUUCAAAUCUAUAUUCAAAAAUCAAAUAAGAAGCUGUCAUCAUGAAUCCUGCACAGAACUUGAAUAUGGACCCAUCGCUGGUACCAGAAGCUGGCCAUAUGCAGGCCCAAUAUACGACAUUUCAAAAUUUUGAACAAUUCACUGCAGCUGGAUACACAAAUGCACCGAUCUAUAUAACAAAGCCACCUGGAAUUGGAGCCAUAUCACAAAUUGGGCCACAUUGUUCGAUAAUUGGUCAGCAGAAUAAACUCGAUGCCACUGGCCAAGAGGUGGCUAUUCCAGGCAUUGAGAAUCAUUCAAUGGCCCCAGCCGUACGAUACAUUCAAGCUGGACAAUUUGACGAUGCACCCGAUUACGGUGUAUCUGGUAUGCCCUGUGCCGUUGAAUCGCACUAUGCCGAUGAAUCGGUGGUACCCUAUGGCUUUACAACAGAAGCUCAGUAUGGACUGGCUGGAGCUAGUACGAGCGUAAAACCAUUUACUGCAAGGCCUUUCGAUGACAAUUUGAAUGGAUCGGACGUUGUGCGUGAUGCCCAAUGCAGACCCUUCGAUGGACAAGUCGAUUUUAAGUUACCACAAUUUGCCAUGGCUUCCCUAAGUUCAGUGCCUCCCCGAAUUGGAGAGAAGGAUGAUUUUAUUGGCGGAUCUGAUAGUGACCUAUGCUCAACAAUGCGGUGGCGCGAUCCUAAUCUGUCUGAAGUGAUAAGCUUUCUUAGCAAUCCCAAUAAUGCGAUUAAAGCCAAUGCGGCGGCAUAUUUGCAGCAUUUAUGUUAUAUGGAUGAUCCGAAUAAGCAACGUACAAGAUCUUUGGGUGGAAUACCGCCAUUAAUCAGAUUAUUGUCCUAUGACGCUCCAGAAAUUCACAAAAAUGCAUGUGGAGCUUUGCGCAAUUUAUCUUAUGGCCGACAAAAUGACGAAAAUAAACGUGGCAUUAAAAACGCUGGUGGAAUCGAAGCCUUAGUUCAUCUCCUUUGCCGAUCUCAAGAAACCGAAGUUAAGGAAUUGGUCACUGGAGUUCUAUGGAAUAUGUCGUCCUGUGAAGAUAUUAAGCGGUCAAUUAUUGAUGAAGCUCUAACUGCAAUUGUGUGCAACAUUAUAAAACCACAUUCCGGCUGGGAUCCAGUGUGCUGCGGUGAGACAUGCUUUUCAACUGUAUUCCGUAAUGCUUCGGGAGUUUUGCGGAAUGUUAGCUCUGCUGGCGAACACGCACGAGGAUGUCUUCGCAAUUGUGAGCAUUUAGUUGAGUGUCUCCUUUAUGUUGUACGAACAGCCAUCGAAAAGAAUAACAUUGGAAAUAAGACGGUCGAGAAUUGUGUUUGUAUUCUACGCAAUCUCUCGUACAGGUGUCAGGAGGUAGAAGAUCCCAAUUACGAUAAGCAUCCAUUUAUAACACACGAAAGGGUUAUUCCAUCUUCGUCGAAAGGUGAAAAUUUAGGCUGCUUUGGAACAAGUAAAAAGAAGAAAGAAUUGGCUCUUAGUGAAGCACAACAGGACUGCAGCUUUUCGACAGAGUAUUCAAAGAGUUCAACCAGCAAUCAAAUAAAAAAAGGUUACGAACAGCUAUGGCAACCGGAAGUGGUUCAAUAUUACCUCUCAUUACUGCAGAGUUGCUCUAAUCCCGAGACUCUUGAGGCAGCUGCUGGAGCCAUACAAAAUCUAUCUGCAUGCUAUUGGCAGCCCAGCAUUGACAUUCGUGCUACUGUCAGAAAGGAGAAGGGUCUACCGAUAUUGGUUGAACUGUUACGAAUGGAAGUGGAUCGCGUUGUAUGUGCGGUGGCCACUGCAUUGCGUAACCUUGCUAUUGAUCAACGCAAUAAGGAGUUAAUUGGUAAAUACGCAAUGCGCGAUUUGGUUCAGAAGCUUCCCUCCGGCAAUGCACAACACGACCAAAACACCUCGGAUGAUACCAUUACGGCUGUAUUAGCCACAAUAAAUGAGGUAAUCAAGAAGAAUCCGGAAUUUUCACGCUCCCUUUUAGAUGCUGGUGGAGUUGAUCGCCUUAUGAAUAUAACGAGACGAAAAGAGAAGUACACUUCAUGCGUUAUUAAGUUUGCUAGUCAAGUUCUGUACACCAUGUGGCAGCAUCACGAGCUGCGAGAUGUAUACAAAAAGAACGGCUGGAAGGAGCAGGAUUUCGUUAACAAAAACUUCUGUGCCCACAGUACUCCGCCAAGCUCUCCAAAUAAUGCAAAUAACACUCUUAACAGACCAAUGGCAUCUCAGGGACGUACGCGUUAUGAGGAUAGAACCAUUCAGCGUGGUCCUAGUGCUUCUUAUAGAAAUAAGGAUUCAACCGGUGGCGGUAGCGGAGCAGGUGGAGCCGGAAGUGGUGGUGGAGGAGGAGGAGGUGGAGCAGUUAUGUCCAAUAAUGAAUCUGCAUUGCUGUCUGAAAUGGUUCGAAAACAAUUAUAAAGUGUAUAUUUGUUUGUUAAUUAUUUUAUUAGAGAUAGACACACCCACACACUCAUACACACACACAAACACACACACACACAAAAGUAUUUAAAUCUUAAAUUAUUCAUACAAUUAACGAUAUAGUUUCUUUUAUUUUGCAUAGGUUUAUAGUAUUAUAAUCAUAAUUAAUUGUAACAGAUUAAAUUCCUUAUAAAUCAAAUAUGCGGAUAUGAUUACUUAAUAAAUAAAAUAAGAUAUAUCCAUGUA